GCCACGUGCGUUAUAUAACCCUACUCCGAAUCUCGGAGCAUUCGCCUGCCAACCGCGAGCUCCGCGAGUAGUUGCGUGUCGGUCGCACACUUGUGAUUAUUCGAACGGGGUAAUUAGUGAACGGGGUCAACAGGAGAAACGUUUUUAUCGCUCCUACGAAUUUGGAAUUCUACAUAAAGAACGGAAUAUCUCUAAAAAAUUGCCGAAGGAAAUUGUGACUAAAUUGCCACAUUCUAAUACAGCAUGAUAACGAAGAGAUAUUUCUGAGGAAUUAAUAUAUAAUUAAUUAGGAGAAAUUUCCUCUCAACGCAGUCGAAUAAAGCUUCGUUUGGACACGUGGAUCUCUACAACUUUGGCUGUAAAUUUUAUUAUCAUAAUGAUGCGAUAAUAAUUAUCAGGCCGUUAUUAUCGCAUUCUCCGGGGAGAAUGCAGCGAGCCAGCAAGUAAUCGACGACUAGUCGCGUGUGCAAGAUAAUUUGAGAGCACAGACAUUCUGAGGAGAAUGAGCGGAAUGCUGAGUCAGCGAUUGAGCAAUCGGAGAUUGCUCGUCGAUCUCCUCGCCCUGAUGUUCGGUCUCGGCGCUUGGAUCGGCGUGAACGGCGUCUACGUGCAACUGCCCCUCAUAGUGCACACAGCUCCAGAGGGAUGGAGCUUACCCGCGCACAUGGUGAUGCUGGUGCAAUUUGCCAAUUUAGGCCCCAUAUUGUAUACCCUGUAUAUAAAGUACACCGCUUGGGCAUACGACAAAUAUAUCAUUUACGCUCUGCUGACUGCGGGCACGUGCGCCUGUAUCGCAUUGAGUUUCCUGUACGAUUACACGUCAUUCGUCUUCGGCAACGAGCACUCGACUGCUCUCCUGUCGCUGAUGUUCGUGACCGCCCUCGUCGGGUGCACGAGUUCCGUGCUCUUCAUGCCGUACAUGAGGAACUACCGUGAGAUCUAUCUAGUAUCCUACCUCGUCGGGGAGGGACUGAGCGGAUUCGUACCGAGUGCCGUAGCGCUGAUUCAAGGCGUCGGUGGUAAUCCGAGAUGCGUCAACGUUACCAAGCCAGGUUCCAGUCACCUGGAGUUCGUGCCCGCGGAAUCGGAUCCGAGAUUCUCCUCCGAGAUAUUUUUCAUCUUCAUCGGGUGUCUGUUGUGCCUGAGCUUCCUCUCGUUCCUAAGCCUGAACGUCUUGCCCACGGCGCGCGGGGAGCGAGUCAAGCUUCCGAGCAGCAUGGAAAUGCUGCCGACCGACACGACGGCGCCGCCGAGCUACAAAACUAACUCCGGCUGGACAAUGCCGAAGUAUACAUACUACUAUUUAUUAGUCAUGAUGGCUGUGGUCUGUUUCCUCGGUAACGGCACCUUACCGAGCAUACAGUCGUAUUCCUGCCUACCGUACGGCAAUGUAGCGUAUCACUUGACGGUCACGCUGGCCUCCAUAGCCGGUCCGUUGGCCAUGUCCUUAGGCUUCGUCGUAAAAACGCCGGAGGUGAAGCUCCUCAAUGUCCUCGUGGCGGCUAUCUUGGCACUUUCGGGCUUCGUUUUGUUUUUAGCCGCGAAAUCGCCUUCUCCGCCCUUGCAACAUUCAUGGAUGGGUGAAAUGAUGGUAGUUGUCAUAUGGAUAUUACUUUGCGGUUUAAUUGGCUUCGUAAAGAUGGGCAUUACGACGCUGUAUCGGCCCGAUCCUGGCAGGGGUCUCUACUACACCGGCGUCGCGACGCAAAUCGGAUCGUUGAUAGGCGCAAUCACCACGUUCAGCUUGGUCAAUUACGCGAAAGUGUUUCAGUCUUAUUCCUCCUGUGCGCAUCUUAUGGAAAAUUAACAUAGUCUGCACUUAGUCUCAUCAAUUAUUCGCAUUAGUAAUAUUAGAAAAUAUUUAGGAUACAUAUUUUUUUUUUAGGAGGGGUAUUAGCUUCUUUAUGUAGUGUUAAACUGUUAUCAAAGUUUUUUUUUUACAAUUGUCAGGUAGAAUGCAUGACUAUGAUUCCUACUUUUAUUUUAGCAACAUAAAGACAUUUAGUGAUUACUAACUUAUUAGUUAUUAUAAAUUCAAUUUGAGACCAAUACUCGCUAGGACACGAACGUACGUAUAAAACAAUAGCGUUUUGUUUUUCCUAUCUUGUGCAUUUUGAACAAUUUCUUCACAAUAGGUUCUUUAUUUGGUGCUUAGGUCCCGAUAAAAUAUUUUAAUAUUCUUCUGAACAGAAAAUCAAGCUCUUCACACAUUGCGCUAUCGAGGCGCACUUUCUCUCUCACUCGAUAUAAUAUUUAGAAUUAUCUUUAUUAAAAUAAUACAAAUCAAUAACAAAUUUUAAGAUCAAGAGUCAGAUGUUUUAGAUAAUUUUGUAUAUAUAUUAAGUACUUAAUAUUAUGUGCUUAAUAUUCGAACAAUUCAACUUCAUUGUUAGAUCUGCGAUAGUGUGCAUCUAGCACUAUCUAAGUGCUCGAGUUCUUGCAUUACGUAAACUUAAUGCAUUUUCUUUUAUGACAUUAACGCCCAUAAACGCUCUAUUUUAUCUGAUAAAUUUUAUCGAGCAGAUUAAUAAUCAGUGUAGCAGAAACGGAUGGGAGGGAGGGCAAAAUUCUUUUACUCACAUCCCAACUUUAAUUAUACUUCCAUAACUCUGCUUCACGCGACAGAAUUCCGUGCUUAUAUCUUCAUCUAUUGUGCGGAGAAGUAACGUAUAUACAUAUGUAUAUAUCUGUGAUAUUUUAAGAAUACUUAAAUUGUAUCAGAUAUCAGUAUUGAUAU